AUGAGCCAGCCUCAGGAGAAUGGGUCUUCUGCGUCGCUUGCGUCUCCCUCUUCCGCCGCGGUUGGCGGCGGUGCGAGCUCUCCGUCGCCCGCAGGGGGGGCUGCCUCCGCGGGCGCCGCCUCCGCGAAGACUGGGGAAUUUCUAGGCUUGCCGAAGUCGAUUCAACAAAGCGGCGACAUCCCUCCACCGCGGUUCGGGCACACCUGCACCGGCGUAGGGAACCACAAAGUCGUGGUUUUUGGGGGUGCCGUCGGCGCUGCGGGAGGCUACUCGAUUACGAACGAGAGCUAUUUGUACGACAAUGCCGGGAGUCGGUGGCAUCACCUCUUCGCGGAGAAUCCUCCGCCGCCUCGGGCGGCGCAUGCAGCCUGCUGUGUAGAUACCCUCCAGCUCGUUGUCUUUGGCGGCGCUACGGGAGGAGGGAGUUUGAGCGCAGAAGAGCUGUACCUCUUGGACCUGCGCAAGGAUCCGCAGCUGCAGUGGAUGCCCGUACCGCUUCAGGGCGUCACGCCCGGGCGGCGCUACGGCCACUCAAUGGUUUACAACAAGCCAAACAUCAUCGUCUUUGGUGGCAACGACGGGGAACGCCCACUCGCUGACGUGUGGUUCAUGGACGUUGAAAAGUCGCCAUUCCGGUGGGAGGAAGUCAUUUUCGAGGCUCACGCGCGCCGCCCUCCGCCGAGAGUCUACCACGCCACGGAGGUCUGCAGAGAAGGGCCCGCUAGCGGGAUGAUGGUGGUUUUUGGUGGGCGGAGCGCGAGCAGCCGCAGCCUGAACGACACGUGGGGUCUCCGCCAGCACCGCGACGGCCGCUGGGACUGGAUCGCCGCACCCUCGAAGAAACAACAGGCCCCUGAGGCGCGAUUUCAACACUCGAUGGUGUUCAUCGGCUCCAAGAUGCUCAUCGUUGGCGGCCGCACAGACACCGACUGCACCAAGCCCCUAUCGACCGCAGUCUACGACACCGAGACCGUGGAGUGGCGGUUCAUGGCGUCCAUGGGCAGGUUCCGACACAGCUCCUGGACGGUCCGCUCGACGGUCUACACCUUUGGCGGUUUCUCCCACCUGACGCAGCAGCACCCCACAGCUGACUUGACUCUGAUGGACUGCUCACUGAUUCCGAAUUUCUACAGCGAGCGCGAGCGCGAAGACAUUCGGCGGAAGCAGGCCCUCCAGCAGGAGCAGCAGGUCGCGCUGGCGAAUGCCGUCGCGGCCUCGCAGGCCCAGACUCAGCCUGCGCUGCCUCCGCCUGCCCCCGCCCCCUCCGCAGCUCCCGCGGCGUCUCGCGCGCCGAACGCAUUCGUCGCGCAGACGGGCGCAGCCGCCGCCAAGGCCCGCGCAGCCCCCGCGGGGCCCGCGGGCCCCGCGGGCCAGCAGGACCCGCAAGCUGCGCAAGCCGCGCCCCCGCCCGGUGCCCCCCAGCACCAGGGCACGGCGAACUUCGCCUCCGGCUCACUCAGGCAGUCCUGGAGCAUGUCUCAGCGAAGCCAGCCGCGGCAACUCGCCGAUAUAAAGCUCGCCUCGCACGUCUCCGUCGUCCACGAGACCGGCGAGGAUUUCUCUUCUCUCGUUCGGCGGAUAUCGAUCGAUCGGCUGGAGGAGGAGGGCAAGAAGAUCAACAAGGAAGCGUCGCGGCAGGAGCCGCUACCGACGGCGACAGAGUCAAGACGGGAGCUCCUCGCAGAGCGAAUCCUCAAGCUCCUGUUGAGACCCCUCAUCACACAGCAGGAAGUCUAUUCCACGUUCAACACGGACGCACCCUUUGCGAUCUCAUGGAGCGACGUCACAUACCUCUGCGACGUCGUUUUGGAUAUCGUGAAAAACGACGACAUGGUGCUUCAUCUGCGGGCGCCGAUCAAAGUGUAUGGUGACAUCCACGGUCAGUACUACGACCUGAUGCGGCUCUUCCAUCUGUACAAGAUGCCGGUGGAAGAAGAGCGAAGCGACGAAUUCCUCAGCGGGCCGUCUUCAGUCCUCGGCGGCAGCGGGCAAGGCGCGGGCGCCGGCAACUCGGGCGUCGUGGGCGAUAUUGACACGAACGACUACUUGUUCCUUGGCGACUACGUCGACCGCGGCCUGAACAGCUUGGAAACCAUCUGUCUCCUCUUUGCUCUAAAGGUCAAGUAUCCACGUCAGAUUCACCUUCUGCGAGGGAAUCACGAAGAUCCCGCGAUCAAUUCGCUGUACGGCUUCCAAGACGAGUGCAAGCGCCGCUUGCGCGAGGACCCGUUCGAUCCCAACAGCUGCUGGCGGAAGUUCAACCUCGUCUUCGAGUACCUCCCAGUCGCCGCCAUCAUCGACGACGCGAUCCUCUGCAUCCACGGCGGCAUCGGCGGCACCAUCUCCUCCGUGGAAGACCUCGCGGCGCUCCAGCGCCCGCUCAAAGUCGCCCAAAUUCCGCAAAACGUCUACGAGCAGCGCGUCACAGACUUGCUGUGGUCUGAUCCCACGGACAACGACAGCAUGCUGGGAGUCGUGCGGAACGACGUGAGAGAUCCUGAUGGGUCGGGUCGCAUCUACAAGUUCGGCCCUGACCGCGUUCACCGCUUUUUAGCCGAAAACGACCUCCAACUCAUCAUCAGGGCGCACGAGUGCGUCAUGGACGGCUUCGAGAGAUUCGCAGGCGGCAAGCUCAUCACGCUUUUUUCGGCGACUAACUACUGCAAUCACCACCAAAACGCAGGCGCGCUGCUCUUCAUUCGACGGGACAUGACAAUCAUCCCCAAGUUGAUCUACCCUGCCAACGCGCCGUGUCAAUACAAUACCUGGGAUUCACGGAUGGCCGAGUUGCGCCCUCCCACACCUCCGCGCGCCGCUCCGCGUAUGCGAGAGAAGGAAUUCGCAGGCGGUGGCUAA